CUGCUGCCCCCCUAACCCCGUCUCUCCCCUCCCCCCGCAGACACGCCAUGGCCGGAGCCCUGCCCGGCCCCGCUCUCCUGCUCUUCGCCGCCCUGGCCCUCUCCGCCCGGGCCGACGAGUUGCUGGCCAGCACCCGGGUGGGGCGGGUGCGGGGCCUGCGGGUGCCCGUCCUCUCGGGCCAGGUCUCCGCCUUCCUGGGCAUCCCGUACGCCGAGCCGCCCGUGGGCAGGCUGCGGUUCCGCCGGCCGGAGCCCAAGCGAGCCUGGAGCGGGCUGCUGGACGCCGGCGCCUACCGCCACGCCUGCUACCAGUACGUCGACACCCUCUACCCCGGCUUCCCCGGCACGGAGAUGUGGAACCCCAACCAGGAGAUGAGCGAGGACUGCCUGUACCUCAACCUCUGGGUGCCCUCCCCGCGCCCCAAAAACGCCACCGUGCUGGUCUGGAUCUACGGCGGCGGCUUCUACAGCGGCUCCGCCUCGCUGGACGUCUACGACGGGCGCUACCUGGCCUACGCCGAGCAGGUGGUGGUGGUCUCCAUGAACUACCGGGUGGGGGCCUUCGGCUUCCUGGCCCUCUCGGGCAGCCAGGAGGCGCCGGGCAACGUGGGGCUACUGGACCAGCGGCUGGCCCUACAGUGGGUACAGAGCAACAUCCAUUUCUUCGGGGGCAACCCCAAGGCGGUGACCAUCUUCGGGGAGAGCGCCGGGGCCGCCUCGGUGGGCAUGCACCUGCUCUCGCCCGGCAGCCGCCCGCUCUUCCGCCGCGCCAUCCUGCAGAGCGGGGUGCCCAACGCCCCCUGGGCCACCGUGCCCCCGGCCGAGGGCCGGCGCCGGGCCGCCCAGCUGGCCAAGCUGGUGGGCUGCCCGCCGGGCAAUGACUCGGAGCUGGUGGCCUGCUUGCGGGACAAGACCCCGCAGGAGCUGAUCGACCAAGAGUGGCAGGUGCUGCCCCACCAGAGCGUCUUCCGCUUCUCCUUCGUGCCGGUGGCCGACGGGGACUUCUCCGGCGAGGUGCCCGAGGCCACACCGGGCGCCGGUGGCUUCAAGGAGACCCAGGCACUGGUGGGGGUGGUGCGGGACGAGGGCACCUACUUCCUGAUCUACGGGGCGCCCGGCUUCAGCAAGGACAACGAGAGCCUGAUCAGCCGGGAGGACUUCCUGGGCGGGGUGCGCAUGGGGGUGCCCCAGGCCAACGAGCUGGCGGCCGAAGCCGUGGUGCUGCAAUACACCGACUGGCUGGACCAGGACAACCCGGUGAAGAACCGGGAGGCCAUGGACGACAUCGUGGGGGACCACAAUGUCAUCUGCCCCGUCACCCACUUUGCCCUGCGGCUGGCUGAGCGGGGCGCCCGGGUCUACACCUACUUCUUCGACCACCGCGCCUCCAACAUGCUCUGGCCCCCCUGGAUGGGGGUGCCCCACGGCUACGAGAUCGAGUUCGUCUUCGGCCUGCCCCUCGACCCCGGCCUCAACUACACGGCCGCAGAGGCCGCCCUCAGCCGCCGCAUGAUGCGCUACUGGGCUAACUUCGCCCGCACUGGGGACCCCAAUGAGGCAUCAGAGCGGGGGGUGCGCUGGCCCCCCUACACCCCGCAGCAGCAGCAGUACGUACAGCUGAACCCGCGCCCCCUGGCUGUGGGGCAGGGGCUCCGGGCCCAGGUCUGCGCCUUCUGGAACCGCUUCCUGCCCAAGCUUCUCAACAUCACUGAGCCAUGCGCUGCAACCGACCGGGGCCCCGGGCCCCCCCCAGCCCCACUGCCCCUCCUCGCCCUCCUUCCCCUUCUCGCCCUGCGGCUCAGGCCCUGAGAGUGGAUACUGCAUGCAUCGGACGGCGGGGCGGGGCGGGGCGGGGCGGGGCGGUCACGGGGUCGGCUCGGGGCGGAGCCGGCCCCAGACUGGGGCAGUUGUGGGCCUGUGGAACUUCUGACCACUAGAUGGCACCGAGCCGGAGCUCACUGAACGGGCCACUAGGGGGCACCCAGCUGUUGCCGGGGGGACAGCGCCCCUCCCCAUGAGCAGCGGGGGCAUUUCCUAGCCAGGAUUUUAACGCUCUGCUGCUCCGACGCUGGUGCCGGGCCCCCCGGUAGGGGAACAGGGGAUGGGGGGCGGAGCCUUGCUGCACAAGCACCGCACUUCCGCACCUCGGUGCACACGUAGACACAACGCACGUGCUCCGCAGGCACACCCGCCCUGCGCCCAACCACUGCACACCUACAGACGCGGCACGAGCUGCAUGCACACACCCUGUGUGUACUGCACACUGACACACACACACACACUGCACACACACUGCUCAUACACUGCACACUCGUUCCACACCUGCACUGUGCACACUGCACACUGACACACGCACACUGCACACACACUGCUCAUGCACUGCACACUCGCUCCACACCUGCACUGUGCACACUGCACACUAUUCACAACCACUGCCCCUGGACACACUGCAAGUGGACGCUGCACACGGACACUGCUCACGUAUUGCAGGAACACUGCGCACUGACACACUGCAUGGACACUGAAUGUAUAUACUUCACACACACUGCACUGCAUCUAGACGCGCUACACUGCAUGUACACAGGCAGGAGCGCGCACACACGGUACACUCACUGCGCAUGCAAACCCCACACGUACACACACUGCACCUUCACUGCACACCGAUGCACUGCACCCUCCCUGCGCACACUGCACAUUUGUCACACGCACUGCACGGAGCUCCUGCACACCGACACACACACUACAAGCACUGUGCACACACGCGCACACACGAGGGCCCUAGGCGGCGGCUGCUGUAUUGGGCCAGCUCUGAGCCCUGCCGGGGGCGUUGGCAUACAUGGGUCUGACGCGCCAGCUGGCAUGGGGGAGAGGGGAACCGCGGGGGGUACAUGUCCCAGCCGGGCUCACACUGGUGUUCCUGAUCUCUGGGUCCCAGACACCCUGACACCCCGGGGGGGGGGGACUGUCACCUCCCAAUUCCCCUGAGCCCGGCUGGCAGCCCUGGGUGGGGGGUUUCUGGCUGCUUAUAAAAGACAUUUUUUAGUGUU